GCAAUUCGGUCACUUCGUUCUCGUAAAACUGUACAAAAUCCAGGCAUCAUUUUUACCUAGUUUUUGUUAACUCACUUAUCACGUAAGCAUAAAAUAAGAAUACAUAAAAUAACCGAUCGUAUGUAACACCAAGAUGUCCAGAAUAUUGUCUGCAAUCGGAAGGAUUGGUAGAAGAGCAGUGAAACCUGAAAAGUUGACUUCACAUGUUAGAGGACUCUCUUUACUUUCAGAAGAUAUCUUGAAAACGGAUGUGGAAGAAUGGAAAAAUGAUAGAGUUGUAUUCGUAUGGCACGGUGAAGACCACAGGCCAAUAACAAAAGCUCUAGAAAUCAAGGAGGGGUCAACCAUAUUCAGCAUAGCAUCUGCAGGUUACAACCCGUCAAUGCUGCUUCUAGAAAACCCAGCAAAGGUAGUCAUGACUGAUAUCAACCCUACUCAGAUUGCCUGGUGCAUGCUUUACUUUAGUGCUAUCAAGAAUCUUACGUAUGAAGAGUUUCGAAGCCUGGUUGGAUUUGGUGAAGGUGCUACAACCACCUCCGAUGAGAGGGGGAGAAUUUACGACAGUCUGAGAGGUUCAUUGCCGAGUAAUGCAUUAGUCUAUUGGGACUUCCACCGUGACAGUAUGAGCAAGUCGGGAAUGUACUUAUUUGGGAACUUCAUUCGCUACUGGGGUUUGGAGAGAUUUGCACCAAUAGCUCACAGCGAGGAAACUUUGGACAAGUUUUUAAGUUUUGGAGAUAUUGACCAGCAGCGUGUUUUCUAUGAGGAACAAUGGGACACAUGGCGAUGGCGAAGAGCUUUUAUGCAAGCCCAUCUGAAUAUUUCACCAGUUGUAUUUCGCCCAUUUAUGGAUCUAUUGCCACAACUUGCUCCGAGGUGGUUGAGUCGCUUCCGGGAAAUUUGCAUGAGUGUUCCUAAUAUGGACAAUCCCCAAAUUGAGAUACACUUAACUAGCAAAAUCUCGGGAAAAUACGGUUUACCAGAUUUCUGGAAACGGGAAAAUUUCGUCCCGAUUCGUGAGCGCCUAGAUAAGUUUGAGCUCAUCCACGCUGAUGCAAAUGAGUACCUCGAACGUACAUCUGAAAAGUUUGAUGGCUUUGUUCUAUCAAAUGUAGGAGAUGCGUAUGGCAAAGAAAAACAUGACCAAUGGGUUACAAGAGCCAUAAAGCGUGGAAAGCCUGGAAGUAGGAUCACGUACCUCUCUGUCGCAGGUACAAAUAAAGGAUGGCCUGAUGCUGAAAAGGACAGCAUUCGUGUUGAGCAAGAGCUGUCUAGCCUGCUACAAGGAAUAGAACGAGGCUUUCUCUGGGAUGAGUUUCAUAUUGCUACGUUGAAAUAAACUGCAACUA